GGAAGGCCAGAGGGUCCAAUCCUGCGCAUGGCGAGGUGGAGCUGAGAGGAGGGAGAGGAAGUGGAGGGGAGGAGUGAAGAAGAGGGCGGGGGCCGAGCAGGAGCGUGUCUGCGAGCCCAGAGCCGGAGUUGCCCCAAUCCUCUCUCCGGUGGCUGCUCGGAGCCUGAAGGGCGGUGCAAGAGGCCAGCGCUGCUGCUGCUGCUGCAGGAAAGGUUGCCGGGGUGCCGGAUUUUCCGCAGGGGCGGAUCAGGCGCCCAGAGACCGAGAGCCGGGACUGGUGGCUCGUGGCUGCAGCUGCUGGACGAGUCCUUGGCGAAGGAGGAGGCAGCAGGUGACAGUUGGGAGAGGAACAAGGAGGGGGAACUCUUCAGAGGAUAUAUGGAUGGUGCCUGAUGGGGGAAAAAAGGGAGCACAGACUAAGAACUGGAACAAAACGUCAGAAUCGAAGUCUAAAAAAUAACACAGAAAGCAAGAGAAAGGAGUCUGUGCCCUCCAUGUAGGAAAAGAUUCACUUCUGGAACAAGCUUUGAACCUGAGUAAGAAAUGCAAGCAGGGGAGAAAUUUUAUAAAUGUUUGGACUGUGGGAAGUGCUUCAGCCGGAGAGGAAAUCUUAUUAUACAUCACAGAACCCACACUGGGGAGAAACCAUAUAAAUGCUUGGAGUGUGGAAAGAGCUUCAGCUCAAGCGGAGAUCUUAUUCAACAUCACAGAACCCACACUGGAGAGAAACCACAUAAAUGCUUGGAGUGUGGAAAGAGCUUCAGCCAUAGAGGACAUCUAACUAGGCAUCUUAGAACCCACACUGGGGAGAAACCAUAUAAAUGCUUCGAGUGUGGAAAGAGCUUCAUCACGAGUGGAGAACUUACUGUACACCACAGGACCCACACUGGGAAGAAACCACAUAAAUGCUUGGAGUGUGGAAAGAGCUUCAGCCAGAGAGGACAUCUUACUAGUCACCACAGAACCCAUACUGGGGAGAAGCCAUAUAAAUGCUUCGAGUGUGGAAAGAGCUUCAGCACAAGUGGGCAUCUUACUUCACACCACAAAACCCACACUGGGGAGAAACCACAUAAAUGCCUGGAGUGUGGAAAGAGCUUCAACUCGAGCAGAGAUCUUAUUAAACAUCACAGAACCCACACUGGAGAGAAACCACAUAAAUGCUUGGAGUGUGGAAAGAUCUUCAGCUUGAGCGGAAAUCUUCUUAAACAUCACAGAACCCACACUGGAGAGAAACCACAUAAAUGCUUGGAGUGUGGAAAGAGCUUCAGCCGGAGAGGACAUCUUACUAGUCACCACAGAACCCACACUAGGGAGAAACCACAUAAAUGCUUGGAGUGUGGAAAGAGCUUCAGCACAAGUGGACAUCUAACUAGGCAUCUUAGGAUCCACACUGGGGAGAAACCAUAUAAAUGCUUCGAGUGUGGAAAGAGCUUCAUCACGAGUGGAGAACUUACUGUACACCACAGGACCCACACUGGGAAGAAACCACAUAAAUGCUUGGAGUGUGGAAAGAGCUUCAGCACAAGUGGACAUCUAACUAGGCAUCUUAGUAUCCACACUGGGAAGAAACCAUAUAAAUGCUUUGAGUGCGGAAAGAGCUUCAUCACGAGUGGAGAACUUACUGUACACCACAGGACCCACACUGGGAAGAAACCACAUAAAUGCUUGGAGUGUGGAAAGAGCUUCAGCCAGAGAGGACAUCUUACUAGGCAUCUUAGAACCCACACUGGGUAGAAACCACAUAAAUGCGUUGAGUAUGGAAAGAGCUUCUGCAGGAUUGGAGUUCUUCUUUUACACCACCGAACCCACACUGGGGACAAUCCACAUCAAUGCUUGGAGUGUGGAAAAGCUUCAAGUAGAGUGGAACUGAUUAGCCUCAGUUGCCAGAAGCCUAAAGGAGGAAGCUUUAACAUCUGCUUCCCAAUAACAGUGACUGCCCACUGGUGAGAGCCUGUGUGGUUGCUGUCUGCUGUUGUCAGCUUGCCAGCCUGUGUGCCCCCUAGUGUGUGGGGCUGUGGCUGCCCUGCAGGCCAGGCAGACCUUGCCAGCAUCAAGCAGGGCCAGCAGACAGUCAAGGGGCUGAGGCGGCAGCUGACGAGGCUGUAGGGCCAAAUGCAAAAGCCGGAUGGACCGUGGUGGAGGAGGGGGAGAUGGCUUGGAUCGGGAGAGCUGGGCUGCAAUAUAUCUGUUUCUUUAUGUAGCUUUGUAUUUUUAACAUAGAUCUUUUUUGAU